GCGUUUGCAAAAUUUGUUCCAUUUCGAGUUAAUCCCUAUCCUUACCCAAAGUUUACCCUCGGCGUCCAUUACCUCCGAUAUUUUCCGGUGAGGUAACGGUGGUCAAUGGCGGCCAUCAUGCCGACUUUCAGUCUACGGCAACUUCCAUGGCUUAACAAGUUCCGUUCAGCUCUUUCUCCGCCGCCGCCUCCGCUGCCAUACCUUCGCCGUUCUUCUUCUUCCAUGGCUUUACCUCUUGAUGUUUCUUCCGCCAUCUCUUCUUCUUCAAUUGAAGACUCAGAGGAACCUAAAUUGGAUAUUGAUACAUUCUCCACCGCCAUUGAAGAACCAAAUAACAGAAAUAAGAACAGAAAAACUAAGCCGCUUUUUCCAAAGCGAGGCGAGACAUUGGAACUUGUAUGCGAGUCGAUAGCUUUUAAAGGAAAAGGUCUGUGUAAGGUGGAAGAUACUGGUUAUGUAGUUAUGUGCGAUCGUGCUCUUCCUGGUGAACGAUUUAUUGGUCGAGUUACUCGCAAAAAGAACAAUUACUCCGAGGUGACUAAACUGAAGACACUAAGUCCUCAUAUGGAUAUGGUGGAAGCACCGUGUGAAUAUGCUUCACAUUGUGGAGGUUGUAAGACACAAAGUCUACUAUAUGAAGCUCAGGUUAGAGCUAAGGAAGAUCAAGUCCGGGAUUUGGUGGUACAUGUUGGAAAAUUCUCUUUUAAGGACCCAGAAUUUGAUAAUGUAAUGAAGGCCAUUGUUCCAUGUGAUAUGCAAUUUCACUACCGAAACAAGAUGGAAUUUUCCUUUGGUCCCAAAAGAUGGCUGCCCAAAGAACAAUUACAUGAGAGAAGCGAAGAUGCUAAUGUCUAUGCUUUGGGAUUGCAUGCUCCUGGUUUUUUUGAUAAGGUGUUAAAUGUCGACAAGUGCUUUUUACAAAGUGAACCGGCGAAUAAGGUUCUUGCAGCUGUUCAAGAUUGUUGGAGGAAUCAAGAACUAGGAUUGUCACCAUAUGAUUGCCACUCUCAUGCCGGAUUUCUGAAACACCUAAUGAUAAGAAGCGGAAGAGAUGUUGAGACUCGGCUCCCUCAACUUAUGAUUAAUUUUGUGACGUCUUCCUACAAGCCAGAGUUGUUGAAGCCCCUUGUUGACAAGCUUGCAGUUAUCCCAGAAGUGGUAAGCAUCAUGAACAAUGUAAAUACUAAAGUUGGUAACAUGUCUCUUGGAGAGGAAGAGUACAAAUUGUAUGGGAAGGCUACUAUCACCGAGAUCUUAAGAGGAUUAGCAUUCGAAAUUUCAGCGAACUCUUUCUUCCAAACAAAUGCGCACCAGGCCGAGAUUCUAUACAAGCUAGUAGAAGAUUCUGCCGGUCUCAAAGGAGAUGGCUCGGAAAUAGUUCUCGAUCUCUUUUGUGGAACUGGAACCAUUGGCCUGACUCUAGCUAAAAAGGUAAAACAUGUUUAUGGUUAUGAGGUAGUUCCUGAAGCCAUCUCUGAUGCCCGUCGGAACGCCAAGCUGAAUGGUCUCCACAAUGCCACAUUUAUCCAAGGGGAUCUCAAUAAAAUUAGCGAAAGUUUUGGGAAAGAUUUUCCGAAACCAGACAUCGUCAUAUCAGAUCCAAACCGACCCGGCAUGCAUACUAACUUGAUCAAAUACUUGCUAAAGCUAAAGGCACCUCGGAUCGUUUAUGUAUCAUGUAACCCUGCCACAUGUGCACGUGACCUUGAUUAUCUUUGUCACGGUUCGGUGGAACAAAAAUUACAAGGAUGUUACAGACUAAGAAGUGUACAACCCGUCGACAUGUUUCCUCACACUCCGCAUAUAGAAUGUGUUUGUCUGUUGGAGCUUCGUUAAUUGCUAUUCGACCCUUAUUGUUCUAUGUGGGAUUUACUGAUUUGGUUUGGUUGGGUUUGUUUCAAAUCCAACCUUCCAAGCUCGUUGACACGAUUCAUGGGACGGAUUUAGACUUGCCCGUGCACCCGUUCCAUUGUCCAGUACAAUGGAAGUUUUUUGGGGGCGUUAAAAGAUUUGAUUUGUGCGUUCAUAAGUUGAGAAAAAAGUGUAGGUGCAGAUUGCAAUAUAUUGGUAGUGUCAUUGCAUGUAGCAUUACAAGUUGUAGGUUUGAAUCCCGAUGGCUAUUUUAUGUAACACUAU